AUGAUCGGCCAAAUCCCUCCAGCCCUGAUUGGAACUUUCGGUCACCUGCCUUCACGUAUCGGCGCCUUCCCUCUAUUGCCUCCCGGAUUAGAAACGCGCAGCCGCGUUCCGCAACCCAGCGAUACGGCGGCGGCUGAGCCGCAUUCCUGGGAGUCUCUGGGAAGUGGGUGA